AUGACAAAAACUCAAAUUCAACAAACGCCACAAACUCAAGUUCAAACACGAAACAAACUCAAGUUCAACAAAAACCACAAACUCAAGUUCAACAAACGCCACAAACUCAAGUUCAAACACGACACAAAUUCAAGUUCAAAAACAACAGAAACUCAAGUUCAAAAACGCCACAAACUCAAGUUCAAACACGUCACAAACUCAAGUUCAAAAUCACCACAAACUCAAGUUCGAACACAACACAAACUCAAGUUCAACAAACACACAAACUCAAGUUCAAAAACACCACAAACUCAAGUUCAAACACAACACAAACUCAAGUUCAACCAACACACAAACUCAAAUUCAAAAACACCACAAACUCAAGUUGAAACAUGA